UGCUGUGGAGAACAGGUGCAGAGAUUGUCUUGCGGAAAUGAAGGCUUAAGGACAAGUUAUCUACCAGAUUGGAAGAUGGGAUCGAACAGCAGCAGAAUCGGUGAUCUUCCUAAAAAUGAGUACUUAAAAAAGUUAUCGGGCACGGAAUCCGUCUCUGAGAAUGACCCGUUCUGGAAUCAGCUCCUCUCGUUUUCUUUCCCUGCACCAACCAGCAGCACCGAGCUGAAGCUCUUGGAGGAAGCAACUGUUUCAGUCUGCAGGUCUUUAGUUGUAAACAAUCCUCGAACAGGAAACCUUGGUGCGCUAAUUAAGGUCUUCCUUUCUAGAACCAAAGAACUAAAACUUUCGGCAGAAUGUCAGAACCACAUCUUCAUUUGGCAGACACACAACGCUUUGUUUAUUAUUUGCUGUCUGCUGAAAGUGUUCAUCUGUGAGAUGUCAGAGGAGGAAUUGCAACUUCAUUUCACGUACGAAGAAAAAUCUCCUGGCAGUUACAGUUCUGACUCUGAAGAUCUUUUGGAAGAAUUGCUCUGUUGUUUGAUGCAGUUAAUCACUGAUAUUCCACUCUUAGAUAUUACAUAUGAAAUCUCAGUAGAAGCUGUAUCGACAAUGGUGGUUUUCCUUUCUUGCCAACUCUUCCACAAGGAGGUUUUGCGACAGAGCAUCAGUCACAAGUAUUUGAUGCGAGGUCGAUGUCUUCCAUACACCAGCAAACUUGUGAAAACCCUGUUGUAUAACUUUAUCAGACAAGAGAAGCCGCCCCCUCCAGGAGCACACGUUCUCCCACAGCAAUCCGAUGGGGGCGGACUGCUGUAUGGACUUGCAUCCGGAGUAGCAACUGGCCUCUGGACGGUCUUCACACUGGGCGGCGUGGGCAGCAAAGCAGCUGCCACUCCAGAACUUUCUUCUCCUCUGGCCAACCAGAGUCUCCUGCUUUUGCUGGUGCUGGCCAACCUGACCGACGCUGCAGAUAUGCCAAACCCCUACAGACAGGCCAUUAUGUCCUUUAAGAAUACGCAAGAUAGCAGUCCUUUCCCCUCAUCAAUUCCACACGCUUUCCAGAUUAACUUCAACAGUUUGUACACAGCUCUGUGUGAACAGCAGACGUCCGACCAAGCGACUCUCCUCUUGUACACAUUGCUGCAUCAGAAUAGUAACGUUAGAACAUACAUGUUGGCUCGCACAGACAUGGAAAAUCUUGUUUUACCAAUUCUUGAGAUUCUGUAUCACGUUGAAGAAAGAAAUUCACACCAUGUGUACAUGGCCCUUAUAAUAUUACUGAUCCUUACAGAAGAUGAUGGCUUUAAUAGAUCCAUUCACGAAGUGAUAUUAAAAAAUAUCACUUGGUAUUCAGAACGGGUUUUAACUGAAAUUUCACUGGGGAGUCUCCUGAUACUAGUCGUAAUAAGAACCAUCCAGUACAACAUGACAAGGACAAGAGACAAGUACCUUCACACCAACUGUCUGGCCGCCUUGGCAAACAUGUCCGCACAGUUUCGUUCCCUCCACCAGUACGCUGCCCAGAGGAUCAUCAGUUAUACCUGCCGCCACUUGCGGAGAUAUGUUUAUGUGUUGGACAAACUGUAUUUCCCCCACUAUCACUGUUCUACGCUUCAGCAUUGCUUCUCGACCCUCAGUGACAAUGGAGAGGAACUCUUGUCUUUAACUUGCUCUCACAUUCUCAGAUCCUAUGCUUCCAGUUUGUUUUCCUUGCUGUCUAAAAAACACAACAAAGUUCUGGAACAAGCCACACAGUCCUUGAGAGGUUCACUGAGUUCCAAUGAUGUUCCUCUACCAGAUUACGCACAAGACCUAAAUGUCAUCGAAGAAGUGAUUCGAAUGAUGUUAGAGAUCAUCAAUUCCUGCCUGACAAAUUCUCUUCACCACAAUCCAAACUUGGUGUAUGCACUGCUUUACAAGCGAGAUCUCUUUGAACAGUUUCGAACUCAUCCUUCAUUUCAGGAUAUAAUGCAAAAUAUCGAUCUGGUGAUCACCUUCUUCAGCUCAAGGUUGCUGCAAGCGGGAGCUGAGCUCUCUGUGGAACGGGUCCUGGAAAUCAUCAAGCAGGGCGCCGUCGCACUGCCCAAAGACAGGCUGAAGAAAUUUCCAGAACUGAAAUUCAAGUAUGUGGAAGAGGAGCAGCCCGAGGAGUUUUUUAUCCCCUAUGUCUGGUCUCUGGUCUACAACUCAGCGGUAGGCCUCUAUUGGAACCCACAGGACAUCCAGCUCUUCACAAUGGACUCCGACUGAGGGCAGGACGCCACGUCCCACCCUCGCCUCCCUCCAGCCAAGCAGCCCUUCUGACUAUUUUCUUUCUGGGGAACGGAAGUAGACAGAUUGCCCGGUGUAUCUUCCGUCAGAGAGGAUCACCCGAGCAUGUUUCCCUUUCGCACUUGGAUUUGGAGAAUUGGUGCCCAGUUGGCAAUAGAUCGCUCAGCUUAGAUUGUAGUGCAAAAAAACGGGGAGGGGGGUACCCGACAAUAAUAAAUGCAAAAACCUGCUA